CUCCACAUACGCAAACUCCUCCGUAUCAUUUUUAUAUUCAACGCAUCGUCGUGUUUUCUAUUCCCCGUUUCUCCCCUCCCCAGCCGGAAAGUCUCCGGUAGAUCAAAAGUUGCCGGAAGAGUCGUCGGAAGUUUCUCUAAAUGGCGAUGCAAACAGGAGUUAACACGUCCAAACUUCUGAUCCUUGUCGGAGCAGGUGUAACUAGUUCUGUUAUCUUGAGGAGUGGAAGGCUGUCUGAUGUAUUAUCAGAGCUUCAGGAGUUGAUGAGAGGUGUUAAUGAAGUUGAAAUCUCACCUGGAAAGUAUGAUAGUGCUGCACUUGCAGCCCAGAUUCGACAAUUGGCACAAGAGAUCCGGGAGUUGUCCCUCUCCCGGCCUGUUACCAUCUUCAAUGGAAAUUCUACUUCUAGUGGAGGUUACUCGUCUUAUUUGGUGCCAGCUGCAGCACUAGGAGCGAUGGGGUAUUGUUAUAUGUGGUGGAAGGGCUUGUCUUUGUCUGAUGUUAUGUUUGUAACUAAGCACAAUAUGGCCAAUGCUGUAGCAACAGUCUCAAAACAAUUAGAGAAUGUAUCUGAUGCGCUCGCUUCCACAAAAAGGCAUUUAUCAAAGAGACUUGAAAAUUUGGACUGGAAAUUAGAUGAGCAGAAGGAAAUGAGUAAACUUAUUGCAGAUGACGUAAAUGAUGUGAAGUCCAAUCUUAAUCAGAUAGGUUAUGACAUUGAUAUGAUCCAUCAAAUGGUGGCUGGAUUGGAAGGGAAGAUAGACCUGAUCGAAGGAAAGCAGGAUAUGACGAAUUCAGGUUUGUACUAUUUAUGUCAUGUCGCCGGAGGGAUAAAAGAUGGGAUAAAUGCUAAGCUCUUUCAGGACAUCGAAGCUAAGCUAGGAGAACACUCCAAAAUUACAUACGAGGAGACUUCUUUGAAGGGACUUCAAUUUCUUACAGAAACCGAUGACACGGAGAAAUAUGUGUUGAGCAAAAGCAGCAGCACGAAGGUAAAUAGAGACUCUAAAUCAAGAUUUCACAGGUCUUAUCCGGUGGGGUUGUCGUCAGCUAAAGAUAUGUUGGGUUGAAGUGCCGUAAGUAAUUACACCUAUUCUUUUAUUUCGCUGAACUCGUGCAAUUCAUUUAAUCGUUCAAGGGUCAAGAUGGCUUGCUUUUUGUUCGAUCCCAACAGAGAUAUCAUAUAUUGGCUUGUGGUUACGACACACGUAAAACCAGACCUGAACAUCGUGGAAUAGUAAUCAAAAUGUGCACUAAAUAAUUCAUAAAGCAUGUUCACAGUUUAGGAUGAUGGUUUCGAAACCAGAUACUUGUUGAUUCUGUUUGUGAAGUUGAAAAUAUGAAGAAUUCAGGUUAAUAUUAGAACCAUUUUCUUUGUUUUUU